GAACUACCUACGCAUCUUCUCUGCGUCUGGGUGCCAGAUCAGCAUACAGUCACUCCCUGGGCGGUGUGUGUCUAUGGCAAGUGAGGAUAACAAACUGGCGGUGGUCUACCACAAGGGCUUUGCGCUGGAUGAUCAGCAGAUGGACUUUGUGUUGUUUGAUAUCAACGAUGACUCCUUCGUGCCCCGAUGUGUGCCGCUGUGUUUAACCCCUGCGUCUGAGUUGGAAUGGAUGGGCUUCACACCCGAGGGACUGCCCAUCACCUACGAUAGCACGGGCGUUGUUCGG